UCACUAAUCUAUCCGCUAUUGUCAAGACUCAAGGGCCAUAGCAUCUAAUGCAUCAUGUCUGGACGUCUGGACUCUGGUCUCUGGUUAUUGCGAGAUUGAGCACUCGUUGUUUAAUGUCUAUUGAGUCAUGGUUUCCCGGUCCCCACGACCCUAGUAUAGAUAAGUAUAAUGGACCCUAGUACCCUACCUCAUCUUUUAAGACCGUGAUUCAAUGCUUAUUGCUUUGUGUUUAUAUUUUUUUUAUCAUUUUACUUUGAGUAAUUGAAUAUUAAAAUAAAAUAAUAUACAUAGUAUAAUUAAUAUAUUGCUAUAUAGUUACUAGUACGAGAUGCCUUUCAUAUAAUACAUUAUAAAAAUGGUUAAGUCUUGUUGUGUACCAGGGUGUACUACUGGUAACGCUCUGUAUGUCAAACAACAAAAAUCAAGUGGGUUAAGAAAUAAAAGUUUAUUUAAGCCACCCAAAAAUGCAGAGCUUUUUGCAAAAUGGGUUAAAGCUAUACCCCGAAAAGAUAAAGUUCUCUCAGAAAGUUCUUAUGUAUGUGAAUUGCAUUUUGAAGAGGAUGAUGUUCUAAUAUAUGACGAGACUAUUUUAUUGGAUGGAACAGUCAAUAUAAUAAAAAGAAUCAGACCUUUAUUAAAAACAGGAGCAGUUCCAUGCAUAUUUCCUAACCUACCAUUUAAUUCAACAAAACACAACAAUAAGAGAAAACCUCCUACAGAAAGGUUUUUAUACAUUGGAAAAAAUAAAUCUAAACUAAUUCCGGCAUGUUCUGAUACGAGUGAAAUGCAAUGCUCUGAAAAUAUCAACCAACAAUUUUCUUUUCAGUAUUUAAAAGAAAACCUUAAUCAAUUAGAAAAACCCGAUAGUAAAUGGAUGUUUGAAUUAAAAGAUGAUGAAGUAGAGCUUGUGAGAUGGAAUCGUGGAUCUUCAAAAAAAAUAACAAUUUCAAAUGACUUAAUAGUAAAAAUUUUUUUUAGUGAUAUUGAAAUUUUAUUUGAUCACAUUAUUAAUACAAUUUUAUUGAGCAUGAAUGAAACAAAUGAGUUAUUGAAAUAUAUACAUUCUUUAAUAGAAUGUAAAGGAAUAAUGACAACAGAAAAUAAUAUUACCAGACGGUCUAUUACAUGCAAGGGUUAUGUUGAAAUACGUCUAGGGCAACGUGGACCCAAGAGUAAUUAUUGUUUUGACUGCAGAGUAGCUCGAAAAAAAAUGGCUGAUAGUUUGAGAAAAAAGGUACUUAAACUUGAAAAUAAGAUUCAAGAAAAAUAGAAAUCGCUAUACAAUUUAAGAAAAACAUCUGACCUUAGAAAUAAGGUCAGUUAUAAGUUAUAACCCGUCUAGUUCAUCUUGGCCAUUGACGACUGUUACGAUUAA